UUUCUCUGCCACUUCUCAGUUUUCUCCAGGACAAGAAGAGAAGCAGGUACUUCUCUAAGCAGGACACCAGACCAGAGGGGCACAGACCCCUUUUCACCAUGUCAGACCAGAGUGCUUUCCAUUCAGGAGACAGCUUCAGCUCUAGAGACAAGAGACAGAGCAGGGGUCGAGACACUCUUUUCUCAUCUCCAGAGGAGGACAGCAGUCUGUAUUUUACUUACAGCGGAGGUCGCAAUGAAAUAGAAGUCCGCAAUCUGAACUAUGAGGUGGACACAGCAGCACAGAUACCCUGGUAUGAGAGGCUGUCAGAGUUUAAGAUGCCCUGGGAAAUGCACAGCAACAAGCAGACGGUUAUAAAUGAUCUAAAUCUACGUGUGCACAGUGGCCAGAUGCUUGCUGUCAUUGGCAGCUCGGGCUGUGGGAAGACCUCCUUACUGGACAUCAUAACAUGUCGAGAUGAGGGUGGCUCCAUGAAAUCAGGAGAGAUUCUGAUCAAUGGGAAACCUUCCACACGUUCCCUGGUGAAGAAAAGCAUUGCUCAUGUGCGGCAGGAUGACCGCUUGUUACCGCAUCUCACAGUACGAGAGACGCUGGCCUUUGUGGCGAAACUGCGGCUGCCUGCGCACUUCACACAGAAACAGAGAGAUCAGCGGGUGGAUGAGGUCAUCGCAGAGCUGCGUCUGAGGCAGUGUGCCCACACACGCGUGGGGAAUGAGUAUGUGCGGGGAGUGUCAGGUGGCGAGAGGAGGAGGGUCAGCAUCGCUGUACAGCUACUCUGGAAUCCAGGUAUUCUCAUCCUAGAUGAACCUACUUCAGGUCUGGACAGCUUCACGGCCCAUAAUUUGGUCAUUACAUUGUACCGUCUGGCUCGAGGGAACCGCCUGGUGUUGCUGUCAGUCCAUCAGCCUCGUUCAGAUAUCUUUCAGCUCUUUGACCUGGUGGUGCUCCUGUCUUCUGGUUCAGCUGUGUACUGCGGCCAGGCCAAAGAUUUGGUACCUUAUUUCACUGCUCUUGGGUACCCGUGUCCAAGGUACUGCAACCCCUCUGACUACUACGUGGACUUGAUAAGCAUUGAUAGGCGCAGUCCUGAAAAAGAAGCACAAUGUUUGGAGAAAGCCAGGACGUUAGCAGCCCAGUUUGUAGAGAAGGUAAAGAACACAGAGGAUUUCAUGUGGAAAUCAGAAGACUGUGGUCCUUCAGCAUUGGACACCCCUCAAAGCAGUGUUCCUCAUGUUUUGAAUAAGGAAUCAGUGAUCACAGUUUCCAAACCGAGGGAUCGCCUGCCGGGAAAAGUGCAACAGUUCACAAUCCUAAUCAGGCGGCAGGUAUUUAACAACUACCGGGACCUGGUGACGCUGGUGGUUCAUGGUUUGGAAGCCUUGCUGAUGUCACUGCUCAUCGGUUUCCUUUACUUCGGAGCUGGGGAUGAGGGUCUUUCUAUCCAAGAUACUGUGGCUUUGCUCUACAUGAUAGGAGCUCUGACACCCUUUGCUGUUGUGCUGGACGUCAUCGCAAAGUGUCAUUCGGAAAGAGCCAUGCUUUAUCAUGAACUGGAAGAUGGCAUGUAUUCAGUCACCUCAUACUUUUUUGCCAAGGUCCUUGGUGAGCUGCCAGAGCACUGUGCCUUUACACUGGUAUACGGUGUGCCCAUCUACUGGUUGGCUGGGCUCAACAGCGCCCCCGACCGCUUCCUUCUCAGCUUCCUGUUGGUGUGGCUGAUGGUGUAUUGCAGUCGCUGCAUGGCCCUAUUUGUGGCGGCAGCCCUGCCAACAUUGCAGACCUCAUCUUUCAUGGGCAACGCUCUCUUCACUGUCUUCUACUUGACUGCUGGCUUUGUCAUUAGUCUGGAAAACAUGUGGCUGGUGGCGUCUUGGUUUUCUUACAUAUCCUUCAUGCGAUGGGGUUUUGAGGGAAUGCUGCAGAUUCAGUUCCGUGGGACCAGACUUCCAAUCUCUAUUGGAAACUAUACUGUAGAAUUUGAUGGUAUUAAGAUUGUGGAGAUGAUGAACAUGAACCAGUAUCCACUGUAUUCCUGCUACCUGGUGCUUAUUGCUGUUGCUUUAGUUUUUAUACUGCUCUAUUAUCUGUCACUCCGAUUCAUUAAACAGAAAUCCAGUCAGGACUGGUGA